AUGUCUUCGGAAUCGCAAAGACCCCUCGUGAACGGUCAUAUCAGCGGCCAUGCCAACGGUCGUACGAUCAAGUUGGGAAAGAUGGUGGAGGAACUAAAUAUGGAACUGGGAGCCGCGGCCAAGGAUUAUCAAGCUGAGUUCCAUGGAGAUGAGUUACUUGGAGACAGGCAAACUGUGCCUACUGGCACUUUGCUCGAUGUCCGCGAUGUCUUUACUUGGGGCAACGCCAGGCAGAUACGGGAGGUGCUAUCGAAGAUGGUCACUGGUCAAGGACUGGAUCGCGAACAGAGCGGCUUCUAUCCAGAGCCAAGUAAUUGCAAAAUAAAAUAG